UGAUUCAGUCAGCGGCACCCAGUCUAAACCCUCUUAAACGGGAAACGAUGUAUUCGUAAUGGGAAUUUCUAUUACGAUUGCUUGUGUACCCUUGCUUCUUCUUUGUCAUAUCUAGCAAUCCUAGUAGUAAAAAUCUACCUCCCUUCCCUCUCGCUUGAAUUUGAUGGUUCUUUUUUUGUCUGUGCGCAAAUAAGCCCUAGAUCUCUCUUUCUUUUUCACUUGCAAUGCACCGUGACGGGAAUUUCUAUUAUAUUCUUGAUAUAUUCCUCGUUUUGGAAUUGUAAUUCGGGGUUCGAUCGAAAUCGUAUUUUUAAUUUUCUAUAUUUGGGACACUGAAAGGUGAAUUCUUGGUGGUUUGUUUUGGGGGAAGGUUCCUCUAUCAAUUUCUUGAGCCAACGCUGGAAAUCUUGAGCUUGGUCUGGGGUUUCACUUUAUCAAUGAUCUUCGACGAUCCUCUUAAGGUUAGAUUGAGAUCAUAUUAGGGGUAAUGCCAAUGCCAUGCCGCUGUUGUUCAUAAACUCUUUCAACAAUUUUAUUGGGGAUUGUUAUCGUUUUUCUUUUGUCAUAUCUUGAUUGAGAAUAAAUCAAAUCACUUUGUAUCGUCGUCGUCGUCGUCGUCAUAUUAUCUUCCAUAAUAAUAAUUGGUUCUGGGUUUGAAUUGUUCUUGGGGUUUCUGUGAAAAGCCUGAUAUCGGACUCUGUCUGAGUUUAAUCUGAAUCCUCCCCCAAUGGCUAAUCCACCACAACCUUCGUUUGGAUAUUCUGUUUCCCUCACCCCCUCAAACCCCCCGGACACAGAGACAAAGUUGAACCUUCCUCCUCCUCUUUUACCUUCGCCCUCAGCCUCAGGUCCCAGACUUCCUUCGCCAACACCAACUGUAGAUCAUCAGCUGAUUCCUUCCCCAUCUAUCAAGACCCCGAAUUUUCCCUCACCAGUAAAUGGUAUUAGAACUGCAGGUCCCGUUCCUCAUUUGAGCACUCCUCCUGGGCCUCCUGUGUUUUAUUCUCCGCUUCAACCUGCCGCUGUCCCAUUUCGAACUUCUCCGGCAACUCCUCAGCCCGUUGCUUUCUCUUCUGGCUCUUCUCUGCCAACGUCUUCGCCUCCCCAUUUUUCCAACGGCUCCGCCGAGUUGCAACACCAAGUUUCCGAGGCUACAGAGGAAUGGUUACCAGUAGGGGAAUCACCCUGCGUUCUAUUCUCAGCUCAUAAGGUACUGAAACAAAAGAAAUUAGCAAACAUACCAAGUUUGGGGUUUGGGGCAUUGGUUUCCCCUGGAAGGGAGAUCUCACCGGGUCCUCAGAUAAUACAACGCAAUCCCCAUCGCUGCCAAAAUUGUGGAGCUUUUGCAAAUCUCUAUUGCAGCAUCUUACUUGGUUCGGGACAGUGGCAAUGUGUAAUUUGCCGGAAUUUGAAUGGAAGUGAAGGUGAAUACAUAGCUACCAGCAGGGAGGAGCUUCGUAAUCUUCCAGAACUGUCAUCUUCUUUGGUUGAUUAUGUCCAAACUGGAAACAAGAGACCUGGGUUUAUUCCAGUCUCUGACUCGAGAGUAUCAGCUCCCAUUGUUCUUGUAAUAGAUGAAUGUUUAGAUGAACCACACCUCCAGCAUUUACAGGGCUCCUUGCAUGCAUUUGUAGAUUCACUACCUCCGACUACGAGAAUUGGAAUUGUAUUGUAUGGCCGCACGGUAUCGGUCCAUGAUUUUUCGGAGGAAUCAAUUGCUUCCGCUGAUGUGUUACCUGGUAAUAAAUCACCAUCUCAGGAGUCCUUGAAAGCAUUGAUUUAUGGAACUGGGAUAUACUUGUCACCAGUUCAUGCGUCGCUACCUGUUGCACACUCCAUCUUUUCGUCGUUGAGGCCAUACAAACUGAAUAUUCCCGAAGCUUCUAGAGACCGUUGCCUGGGUACAGCAGUGGAGGUUGCUCUAGCUAUAAUUCAAGGGCCAUCAGCAGAAAUGUCACGUGGGGUGGUUAAAAGAUCUGGUGGCAAUAGCAGAAUAAUUGUCUGUGCCGGAGGACCAAAUACCUAUGGCCCUGGUUCAGUUCCUCAUUCAUUCACUCAUCCAAACUAUCCUCAUUUGGAGAAAACAGCUUUGAAGCGGAUGGAGAAUCUUGGUCGUGAGGCUUAUCGACACAGUACAGUGGUUGAUAUUCUGUGUGCUGGAACUUGCCCGGUAAGAGUUCCUGUUUUGCAACCUCUUGCAAAAGCUUCUGGAGGGGUCCUAAUACUUCAUGAUGACUUUGGAGAAGCCUUUGGUGUGAACUUGCAGAGGGCAUCUACUAGGGCGGCAGGUUCCCAUGGUUUGUUGGAAGUACGUUGUUCUGAUAGUAUCUUCAUAGCCCAAGUUGUAGGCCCUGGUGAGGAGGCACAUGUAGACAGUCUUGAAACUUUUAAAAAUGAUAUGUCUCUGUCUAUACAAAUGCUAAGUGUUGAAGAAACUCAGAGCUUUUCACUCUCCAUGGAAAUAAGAGGAGACAUUAAGAGUGAUUAUGUAUUUUUCCAGUUUUUAUUCCAAUAUUCAAAUGUAUAUCAAGCUGAUAUCUCGAGAGUGAUUACUGUCCGAUUGCCCACUGUGGAUAAUCUCUCAGCAUAUCUUGAGUUUGUUCAAGAUGAAGUGGCUGCUGUUCUCAUUGCCAAGAGGACCCUUUUGCGAGCCAAAAACUUUUCCGAUGCAAUUGACAUGCGAGCAACAGUAGAUGAAAGGGUGAAAGACAUUGCUUCAAAAUUGGGCUCCCAAAUGCCAAAGUCGAAACUUUAUCGUUUCCCCAAGGAGCUACCUUUAUUGCCGGAGCUCUUAUUCCAUCUCAGAAGGGGUCCACUUUUGGGAAGCAUUGUUGGUCAUGAAGAUGAGAGGUCUAUAUUACGGAAUGUGUUUUUGAAUGCAUCAUUUGAUCUAUCUCUUCGCAUGGUUGCACCUCGGUGUCUAAUGCAUCGAGAAGGUGGUACUUUUGAGGAACUACCAGCUCAUGAUCUUGCUAUGCAGUCUGAUGCAGCAGUUGUUCUUGACCAUGGUACAGAUAUCUUCAUUUGGUUGGGUGCUGAACUUGCUGCCCAGGAAGGAAAAAGUGCAGCAGCUUUAGCAGCUUGUAGAACAUUGGCUGAAGAGCUUAGUGAAUUGCGGUUUCCGGCUCCUCGAAUACUUGCAUUCAAAGAGGGGAGCUCUCAGGCUCGAUAUUUUGUUUCUCGGCUGAUACCAGCACACAAGGAUCCUCCAUAUGAGCAGGAAGCGAGAUUCCCUCAGCUUCAAACUUUGACUAUAGAACAAAGGACAAAGCUGAAAAGCAGUUUUCUUCAAUUUGACGAUCCUAGCUUCUGCGAGUGGAUGCGUAGCUUGAAAGUAUUGCCACCUGAACCAAGCUAAGCAGCCUGGUGAAUCAUUUGCGGCUAAUGUUCAUUGAAAAGGGAUUUUAUGGAGUUGCGUCUAUUCGUGGCUGUGAAAUUCCCGUCUACUCCAGUGAUUUUUUUUUUUUUUUUUUUUUUUCGCUCACCACCCCACACUCACGGGCUACGGGAUGCAACUCAUCCUUUAUAUGGAUUGGGAUCAAUCAAAUUGGAUGUCUCCCUCUUCGUUUUCUUCCCUCAAUUUUAAUGUUAUUUUCUUAAUCUUUUUGCCAUGCAUUUUACAGUUAGUGCGACUCAAUUUCAAAAGCCCCCUUUUUUCUCA